CCACAUUCUAUUAUCGAAAGACGAGUGAGUGAGUGAGUGACUGAUGAGUGUUCUGUUCAGCUAGUUAGCAAUAGCUUAUCGAUACGAACUGCUACGGUAGAUUCUACAGAUUAUCGCGCGUCUGGCCAUGAAUGACUCUGUGGACAAGCUGGUUAUCUUCCUGGCGAAGAGAGAUGGGAUCGACAAGCUCGUGAAGACCUUCCAGUAUGUCUCCAAGCUCGUCCACUGGCAUGUUGAAGCAGACCACCCGGACCUAGCCAAGCGGUUCAAGCAUUGGGAGGUCGCAUCGGGCCUCAGUCGCAAGGCCUUCAGGACCGGUCGCUUCCUCACGGGUUUCAACGCCCUUCGCAGGGCUCCCGGUGCAAGCCCGACCCUCCGGUUCAUUGCGGUGCUCGCCAAUGCUGGGGAGAUGGUCUACUUCUUCUUCGACCACUUCCUCUGGCUCGCUCGGAUUGGAACCCUUGACCCGAGCCUGGCACGGAGGAUGAGCUUCAUAUCGGCAUUUGGGGAGUCGUUCGGGUACAUAUUCUUCAUGUUAACGGACUUCAUCAUGCUCAAGAAGGAACUAGAGGAAGAGAGGAGGCUCGCCAAAUCGAAAGAAGCUGACCAGAAGGAGAAGGCAUUGGAGAGAAUUAGGAAGAUCAGAGGGGAUAGGAUCAUGAGGCUGAUGGCAGUGGCAGCAAAUCUGGCGGACUUGAUCAUCGGGCUGGCGGAUAUCGAACCGAACCCGUUUUGCAACCACGCGGUGACGCUCGGGAUCAGCGGUUUGGUCUCUGCAUGGGCGGGUUGGUACAGGAAUUGGCCAUCUUGAGGUGAACUGACAUUCAAGCAAAUCAGUAUACGUACGUGGAGAUCAAUGAAUUACUUUUUCAGCGUAUGGCAUAAACAUAUAUCAUACAUGGAGCAUGGACUAACAACGACUGAAUGUGCAGUUCAUGUUCAUGUGAUAAUUCUCAAUCUUUUUUUCUCUCUCUCUAUCUCUCUCCUUUCUUCCCCCUUCCUUUCAUGAUAAUAUAAUGUCAUCAUUUCUUCUCGAACACGUGGAAAUAAUUUUUUUUCUUUUU